ACUCCUACAAUCCCUCACUAUCAAUCCUCAAGCAUCUUUGUUUUUGCCAAUCCCAAAAGCUCACAUUUCUUCUGAUUGCUCACCUUCAUCCAUAUAGACUAAAUUCAUCAGAAUUUUCAUGUUCUUAGAUGGGGAACUGUUGUUCCCAUGGAAGUGCAACAAAACGUGUUGCCAAAGAAGAAGCACGUGAAGAUGAAGAGGCCGCGAACCAAACAGAUCAACAGGCUACCCAACAGACUAACCAACAGGCUAAAUCGCAGCAAUCCCAGCCAAAAGGUUCUCCUAAGAAAGAAAAGGCUCCAAGAAAAAAUAAUCCUAUAGGACCCGUUUUAGGCAGGCCAAUGGACGAUGUGCACGCUUCGUACACAAUGGGUAAAGAACUUGGAAGGGGACAGUUUGGUGUCACACACAUUUGUACUCAUAAACAAACUGGAGAGCAAUUUGCAUGCAAGACAAUAGCCAAAAGAAAGUUGACUACUAAAGAAGAUGUGGAAGAUGUUAAGAGGGAAGUUCAAAUCAUGCAUCAUUUAACAGGGCAACCUAAUGUUGUAGAACUUAAGGGUGCUUUUGAGGACAAACAUGAUGUACAUUUAGUGAUGGAAUUAUGUGCUGGUGGAGAAUUGUUUGAUAGGAUCAUUGCAAAAGGACAUUAUACGGAAAGAGCUGCAGCUUCAUUGCUACGAACCAUUGUUCAAAUUAUUCGUUCUUGUCAUCAAUUAGGAGUCAUUCAUAGAGAUCUUAAACCUGAAAAUUUCUUACUAUUGAAUGACGAUGAAAAUGCACCUCUCAAGGCAACAGAUUUUGGAUUAUCAGUAUUCUACAAACAAGGAGAUCAAUUUAAAGAUAUUGUUGGCAGUGCAUAUUAUAUUGCACCAGAGGUUUUGAAGAGAAAAUAUGGACCAGAAGUUGAUAUCUGGAGCAUUGGGGUCAUGUUAUACAUUCUGCUUUGCGGCGUCCCUCCAUUUUGGGCUGAGUCGGAACAUGAAAUAUUCAAUGAAAUUUUGCGUGGCCAUGUUGAUUUUUCUAGUGAUCCAUGGCCUUCAAUUUCCCCUCAAGCAAAAGAUCUUGUCAAAAAGAUGUUGACUCAAGACCCCGUGAAAAGACUUACAGCAGUACAAGUUCUCUCUCAUCCCUGGAUUAAGGAGGAUGGAGAAGCACCUGACACACCGCUUGAUAAUGCCGUUCUUAAUAGACUCAAACAGUUCAGAGCAAUGAACAAAUUCAAAAAAGUUGCUCUUCGGGUUAUUGCAGGUUGUUUAUCAGAGGAAGAGAUUAUGGGGUUGAAACAGAUGUUUAAAGGCAUGGAUUGUGACAACAGCGGUACCAUAACACUAGAUGAGCUAAAGCAAGGUCUUGCAAAACAAGGGACAAGCCUAUCAAAUUUUGAAGUUAAACAAUUGAUGGAAGCUGCUGAUGCUGACGGGAAUGGAACUAUUGAUUAUGACGAGUUCAUCACAGCAACAAUGCAUUUGAACAGAAUGGAUAAGGAAGAACAUCUUUACACUGCAUUCCAGUACUUUGAUAAAGAUAAUAGCGGGUAUAUUACAGUUGAAGAACUAGAGCAUGCUCUAAGAGAGUUUGGAAUAAAUAAUGACAACGACAUUAAAGAUAUUAUAUCUGAAGUUGAUACUGAUAAUGAUGAUCGGAUCAACUACGAUGAGUUUGUAGCUAUGAUGAGAAAAGGUCAUCAAGAAGCUGAAAUAAACCCAAAAAGGCGACGUGAAUCAUUUCUUUCGCAAGAACUUGUGCCUGAAGAUUCAUGAGAAUAAGCAUUGGUUUGCAUAUUUUUUCAUAGCUGAAGACUACGCACUAGUUGGUCAUAGCUAGAUAAAUUUGCAGGUCUCGAAGUCUUCUGAAACAAGAAUUUAUGUAGAGUGGAUACAUGGACUUGAGAUAGUUUAGUUUAAUAUGUUGUUGAAAUGUGUCAUCAGCUUGGCUUGGAAAGAUUAGGUGAGUGGAUUAUAAUUGUACAAAAUAUUUUCUAUUAAUAUUAGAGAUCUAGUAUAGACCCGCGAGGCCAUCUCCAACC